GUACAACUAAUUAUUAUAUACAUACAAGUAUUAAAAAAAGAUAAAAUAGGAAGAAUGUCAUAACUAUAUUCUCAAAUUUUGAAAUGGAACACUUGUUAAUAAACAAGUAAAAUAGUAAAAUAUUAAAAUAAGACAAUUAAAAAUGGGAGGGAGUAGGGCUGCUCCAGUCGCUUUCUUUCAGACAGCAAUGAAUGCUAGCUUUAAAGAGAGAGAAACUAAAGUCUCGAGUAAUUGAGGUAGAUUGAAAACAAUGUGACCAGAUUUUGAGUGAAUUCAUAAUCACAGUCUCAUUUGUAUUCACACUGCUCUCAUAUUUAUGCUUCUCUGACAGUUUGAGUGAGGAGGAAAGCUGUAUAAACGUAUGGGUGACUUGAGAAGAAGAUGAGUACUCAAAUAUUAAUCCAAAUAUGUAUGGAAAGCUGUUAAAAAUUAAUUAAUCUCUUAUUAUACAGCCAUGAGGCACAUCCAAGUCCUAGAGUUGUGUCGGGAGAAGUUUGGUUACUACGUGGUCUUCACCCCCUCCAUCUUUUUCAUCUUAGGACUCAUAUUGAGCUACAAGUUGGUGGAGAAGACAUUUCUGAGCAUCUUGAUCACGCGUCUCAACGACGCAUGGGAGGAGUACGACCUCCGAAGUGCUGUGGUAGUUGUGAAUUUGCAAGAAGGAACAAGCGCAGUCCUCGUACCGGUUUUCACUUAUGUAGCCGAGGUUUAUACAGGCCGCUUCCUCAUGCUGUUUUUCUCCACCACACUCUGCAUCAUCGGACUGUUACUCAACUAUGUGGCGGUUGGAAAUGACGAUAGUGGGCAGCUUGAGUUGCAGUUAUUCUACCCUGCAUUGGGGCUAAUGACUUUGGCGGAAGCGGCGCAGACUGUUACGCUGCAAGCGUUUCUUGACGAUCAGUUUAGGCCGAUGGAUCUCGGCAAGGAUCGGAGACUAGGAUGCACCAAAUUCUGGUGGAUUCUGGUCUCCUUUGUGGCUGCCAUUUUCGCUCAGUUUGGGCCUUUAACGGGAUUUCACUCGAGGAAACUCGCACUAGUUCUUAUGGGUCUCAUGGGUGGUUGCUUCUUAGUGUUCUUGUUGGGUAAGAAAUGCUACCAUAAUGUACUCACAAUUCAGAACCACCCCUUUAAACAAGUUGGGAACGUCAUCGCCAGAGCCAUCGCUAACAGAAAUCUCGACUAUACACUAACUACACAGCCUCGCGUUCCAUGGUUGAGGUGGUUAGACAGAGCGGCGGAGGCAGGUAGUGUUGAACAAGUGAGGAAAGUGAAACUUUUGUUGAUGAUGCUUCCGUUGUGGUCUUCUUUCCUCACUCUAAGCUUGGUUUCUGCUUCUGGAACCACCUUCUUUUACGACGAAGCCACCAGCCUUACUGAAGACAAUUGUGCCAUUCUCUUUCUCCACAAUCUGAUGAGAUUCACAACGUUCGCGGUCUCAGAAACGUCCAGCUACGUCGUCGGAAAACUUGAAGAGAAAAAGCAAUACAACCAACAGAAGAUGGAGGUGGUGCGAAUCGGCAUCGGAAUGUGGUGCUGCGUGCCGUGCUGCCUCGCUGCUUGGGUGACAGCAACACGCAGGCAGCACGACACCAUCAACGUCUAUUGGCUAACUCCACAGUACUUUUUACUUGGACUAAUGAGCGGACUCUCUGAAGAUGGGCUCGAAUCCUUCUAUGAAUCUCAGGUUUUUGAGAGUUUGUCGACAUUUGGGCCACCCUUUGGAGAACUCGUGAUGGGUUUGGGUAAAUUUAUGAGCAUACUCUGCGUUCUCAUCUUCAGCACGAGGCGUUUCGAAUGGUUUCAGAGUGAUAUAGGCAACAGUAGCCUCAACAAGUAUUAUAUUUUGCUGGUAGUUUUGAGUUUCGUGAACGCUGUAAUCUACUGUUUGGUUGUUUGUUGGUACAAAGACGACGCCUUCCUAGUGGAAGAUGAAGAAAACGGCAGUUUUCCUCAACAAGUUGGUGAUCAGAUUCAGUUACUGGAUAGUGUUGCACCUCGAUCCAUUGAGGGUCGAAAGGAAAAGAGCAGUUGUGCAGAUACGAUAUCAGAACCCAGCAGGAAUGAGGUAGAGGUGGAAAAGGAGGAGGCAAUGGGCAUUGCUUCAUCCAUCGAGGGGCAACGCAUCUCUCGUCGAACUGUUUCCAAGCCCAGAGAGAGCAGUUCUAGAGAUGUUAUAACAGAAAGCUCCAGCUCCAGACAAGAAGAAGAAGAAGAAGAAGAAGCUGAAGAUGUGUUACGACGCGCAGUGAACAAGUUUAGGCGCCUCGCCUCGAGAGCAGCCCGCAGACGCUUCGACUCAACAUUGUCCAAGAAUGAAUGAAUUGUAGCAGUUACUUGUUGUUAGCCUCAAACACAGUUUCUACGUGGAAAGACGCAUGAGUUUAAAAUUUGUUUGGG